CGUAACCCGCAUUACGUCAGCGGUCAGCUGAUCGAUGCGGAAGUAAACAACAUUAAGCGAAACGAAGAACAGGACGGAGGAAGAAGGACCGGCCCCUGAAAUGGCGACUCUGAUUUGCACUUUAAACGACCAUCGAGACGAUGUGAACUGGUGCGUCUUCUCUGGCAGCCUGCUGGCCACAUGUUCAGGGGACAAAACACUCAGGGUUUACAACACGCAGGACUUCUCCGAGCUGUCCUUCUCGCCGCUGUACGGGCACGGCUACAGCGUUCACUCCUGCUGCUUCAGCACCUGCGGACAGUUCCUGGCGUCCUGCUCCACCGAUGCUACCAUAGUGAUCUGGUCCAUGGUCUCCGGUGAGAUCGAGGCUGUUCUCGAGCAUCCUGGUCGCAGUCCUGUGAGGAUCUGUGCUCUCUCUCCAGACUCUGCUCACCUGGUCUCUGGUGCUUCUGAUGGGACUCUGGCUCUGUGGGAUUUCCCCGCUAAACAGCUAAGCAGGACUGGAGCUGUGAACGACACCACGCUGGUAGCCUGCUCCUUCAGCCCCUGCAGUCAGGUGUUAGUGACCGGCUCCACCUACGGAGACCUGCGUCUGUGGGACCUGAGUCUGAGACAGCUCCACGCAGAGAAGAACGCUCACGACCUGGGGGUCACCUGCUGCACCUUCGCUCCCAGCAUCCUCAGUGGUGGUCAAGUCGUGCAGUUUCGUCUGGCGUCAUGUGGUCAGGACAGUCAGCUGAAGAUCUGGGCCAUCAACAACUUUAGCUCUGGAGGCUACAAGAUGCAGCUCCUGCACACGCUCACUGGUCAGACGGCUCCAGUCCUCUCCUGUGCGUUCUCCUCAGACGGACAGCUACUGGUGUCCGGCUCUGUGGACAAAACAGUGGCAGUCUAUGAUGCUAACAAUGCAGUCCUGCUUUACACUCUGAACCAGCACGAGAGGUACGUGACGGCGUGUUCCUUCUCUCCGACUGCUCCCAUCAUUGCUACGGGCUCCAUGGAUAAGACUGUGAACAUCUGGAGGCUGGAAGACGGAUGCAGAGGCCGUGACGGGAAAUCAGUGACUGAGAAGUCUGCUUUGACAUCGAGUGAAGGGGGGACGUCAGCGAGCAGAUCCAAGCUGCUGGUCGGGGAUUGGUCGGAGGAGGACGUGUCGGUGUGGCUGGUGGAGGAAGGCCUCGGGGUAUUGGCGGAGAAAUUCAGGGCCAACAACAUCGAUGGGACGGAGCUGCUGAGCCUCACCAAGGAAACGCUGGCGUCAGAGCUGCACAUAGACUCUGUAGGCCUGCGUAAUAAACUCUUGAGGAAGGUGGAGGAGCUGAAGAGUGACUCGGUGUGUUCGGGCACUCCUGAUGAGUUCCUGUGUCCGAUCACCAGAGAGCUGAUGAGGGAGCCGGUCAUCGCUGCAGAUGGAUACUCGUACGAAAGAGAAGCCAUCGAGAGCUGGAUCAACACCAAGAACCGCUCCAGCCCGAUGACCAACCUCCCCUUACUGACCACUCUGCUCACCCCCAACCACACCCUGAAGAUGGCUAUCGGCCGCUGGAAGACCAGCCAGUAGCCUCUCAGAGACUUCUGACACUAAGUGCCCCAAAACAUUUCAGCAGACUGAGGUAGAGCACAGCGCUCACAGGAUGACAGAACAUUUCAGGAGCAGGUGCGUCUGUUUUUACCACAUUAUGAGGGUCUGCAAAGAUGAAGCAUCAGACGGUGUUUUAUACUCAACCUCUGCACAUAUCAGCUUGUCUAGUUAGUUUCUGCCUACAUAUCACAUGAAUCCUGGAAGAGUGCUCUUUAGGAAAGCAACUUUAUUUUAUAUUUUUAUUCAAACUAAUCUUAACAACGAGCUUUCAGUUCAUUUAGCUGCACAACUUCACUAUUUUAUUCCUCUCAUAGUGCCACUCUGAAACCUCACACACUACUUUCUCAGCACAGAGACAAGAGGUGACUUAAAACCACUCUUCAUCUGAUGGUGUCGCUCCAAGCCGCUGGAUUAUGAUAGUUAGCAACUAUUGGCUGACAAGUUAAUCACAUAAUCUCAAAAUGGGAUGAUAUUAGCACUUCCCCAAGUGUCAAAAAUCAGUCAUUGCAGGUUAAAUCUUUAACGGUCUGCUGAGUCCUUUGUCUGUUUACCUUGUUAAAUAAAAACUUAGACACUUUACUGACACUCUGAAACAUUUGGCUCAAAUCAGGAAGUUGAUUUGUUUAUCUUAAUGAAAGAUGCAAAGAAAGUUCUUACAGUGCGAUACAGGAAAUACAAAAAGAUACAAAUAUAAAAACUGUAGGCUCCUGAUUUUUAAACAUGACUAAAGUUAUUCUUUUGAUUUGAUUUUAUGGGAAUACUUAGUAGUUUUUUUUAGGUUUGUUUUUCAAACCACACUCACACAGACAAAAGUAGCAUUUAUUGAACUUCGUUAAGAAUCCUUUCAGAGUUCAUUUGCAAAAACAGAUAAUUCACUUUUUAAAAAAUUUCAAAAUGUUUCAAAAAACAUAUUUUUUCUAUUACUAGCUUUAGGUAUUAUCAAUCAACUGAAGUUGGGUGGCUUUGACUAAGUCAAAAUGACAUUACUAAUUAGAGGUAUGUUAAAAAUGUAACUUUAUUAAUUGUGUACAUUAAAAAGAAAUAGAUUUUUGAAAAUGUAUCUGUUUUUGCAAAUAAACUCUUCAGGGAUAAAGAUUCUUCUUUAAAGCGCUUAGAAGUAAAAAAACUGAGAGGCCCUUUAGUGUCGUGUAUGGAAGCCCUGAGCGGACACACAUCUGUGCAUUUAAUCUUCCUCAUUUCCUCCUUGAUAAUUUCAGUGGUUUUCUUUACAUCUCGUCCUAACUUCAGGUGAUCAUAACUCGUAUCCUCUGACUAUUAAAAGCCUCAAACAAACAGAAAUACACUGAGCAAUGGAAGCAUGGUCCAGCCGAGCCUGUCUCCAUAACCAGCGUACUAUUCUGGUUUUUAAAUCAGUGUGAAAUGAUGAACAAGCUUUGUAAUCCCGAGAUAAUGUGAAAAAUAAGACGAGAUCUCAGUAAAGGAAACCUUGAAAAUACUCAUCAUGAUGGGAUACAGAGUAAAUCAAAUAUACGUAUGCAUGUCCGCUCAGAGCGUCUGUAGUUUCUUUUGAAGUUAACACUUUUUAUUAGCUGAAUAACCAAAAAUCAAAGAGCUGUGGGAGUCUGAAGCGGCACUGAACAGACCGGACCGGGAUGUUGAUUCACAUCUGCAUGAGCUGAUAAUUCAUCACCUUAAAGAUCGUCUUUGAAUGAGUUCUUCCAUUUCAAUGAACGAGUGACUGAAACACAGCCUGCACGGCCCUCAGGUCAGAACCACAAACAUGAGCUCAUGUGAACAUUGAAGGAGUCUGUUUGUUAGAAACUAACCUGGGAAAGUGUUUGGACAAAGAAACAUCGAGUUAAAGUUCAGCUUUUCAUGCAAAACAUAAGAAAUGAAAACAUCUCUGUGACAUUCAGACUGCAUCGCUCACAUGUUUGCAGGUUUUAUUGUUUUUAUUCUGAUGUCAGAUUUUUAUUGGUUAAAGUUCGGCUGCACUGUGAAAGGAAAAGACAGAUUAAUCCAAACACACUCUGAAGCUAAGGCAACACUUCAUAUGUAUUAUUAAAUGUUGUAUAAUAUUGUAAAAGAAGUAGAUGUAGAGAAACGUGUUCCUCCAUUUAUGUUUUAUUCUACCACAGUAAUAACGUGGUCACAUUCUGUAAUCCAGCGUCCGACUCUGAAGGAGCGAUGUGGACGUACAGCCACGUUCAAGUCUCUCUCUCUCUCUCUCUCUCUCUCUAUCUCUCUCUCUCUCUCUCUCUCUCUCUUUCUCUCUCUGUCCAAAUAAACCAAUAAACACUUUGUAUGUUCUCUGCUAUGCAAAAAUAAAUAACAUAUACUGUUAAUAUUGAAGCAAUCAAUUCAGUCUUAGCUUAUGAUGAGAAGUUUCCAACGACGCCAUGUACAGUGCCUUUUUUUAUCAAAUGUACCAAGAAAAAGAAUCUCAAGUACACAGCCUGUAACGCUGACAGAUAUCCACCGACAGGGAAAUAUAUAAUCUGCAAAUAUAGUGUACACCGUACAAAUAUAAAUGUUUUUUAAAAGACACAUGACGAUAGAAAUGGUCUUAUCUUGCGACUAAUAGCAUGAGGUUUUUAUAUUCGUGCAUGAAGCUUUGUCUGACUGCUAUGUUUGAUAGAAUAAAUUAAAGUUGAGA